UCCAUUCCUCUGUUUUGAUUAGCCACGAACUCUGUGGGGAUGUUUAAUCAAAAUGAACAACGCUCAGUAGCAAGGAGGGAGACGACGAUGAGCGGCAACCGACCGACUCCAUUGAAGAUCAACAGAGAUUCACAUCUCAUUCACAAACAACAGCCUUCACGCAUGGCCGGAUCUCAGGGAUAUCAUCAACAGCAAGAACAGCAGCGCCGUCCGGUCAUCAUUUACACUUAUUCUCCAAAAGUCAUCCACACAAGACCCCACGAUUUCAUGGCUUUGGUCCAAAAGCUCACGGGCCUCUCGCGCUCUGAUGAAAACCAAACUCAUAAAGAAUUAGCCGCAUACAAAACCCUACAUGCUCGUCAAGUUGGGGAUCACAAAGAUGAUAGUACUAUCGCUGAUAGGUCUAUAAAUGAUAAUGAGACCUCUUCUGGUAUGACGGAUGAAAUUAGCGGCGGUGAUAUUCGUGAGGAAGAGAAUGUUAAUGUUGGAGGUGAUGUUCAAGCUGACAAAUCAUGUUUCAAAGCAUCAUCAGCAGGUCCAAAUCGUAGUUUUAGCGGUUUCAGCCCAAUGCAGCAGCAGAAUCAGCAUCCAUAUUUUGCAGAUAUUCCAAUGUUUACACCGACAUCGAUGAAUCAGCAUCAAUACUUCUGCUCACCUCGCCCACUUAACAGAUUUCCGGAUUCGAGCUCGCAGAUCUCUCCGAGUACUCUUUGCGGAUCGAUCUCUCCUUCAAUGUUCAAGUUCAUCAAGGGACUACCAGAAUAGUAAGCAGCUAGCUAGCUACAACAUGCACUACUGUUUGAUUCAUUCAUUGAUUCUUUUGUUAUGUGAACUUGUCCAUAGCUCCGUUACUGAAUUCUUGUAGAUUGAUCAAUCUCUGUAAUUUUCAUAAUUAAUUGUACGUCAGGGAAAGCUGCUACCAGCUCCAUCUUUGAUUUUAUGUAUUUGA